GUUGAUGGGUCGUCGUCGCCGGGCUCCGUUGCCCGCGCUGUUUUGCUUUCCCGACGCUUGAGGCGGCCGCUGGGGGGUCCUGUGGCUUUCCCUCCUGCGGCUGGGGACUGCAGACUAAGGCCAUGUCCCGAAAGCAGGCGGCGAAGAGCCGGCCGGGCAGCGGCAGCCGGAAAGCCGAGGCCGAGCGCAAGCGGGACGAGCGGGCAGCUCGCCGGGCCCUGGCCAAGGAGCGGCGGAACCGGCCGGAGUCCGGCGGCGGCGGCUGCGAGGAGGAGUUCGUCAGCUUCGCCAACCAGCUGCAGGCCCUGGGGCUGAAGCUGCGGGAGGUGCCGGGGGACGGCAAUUGCUUGUUCAGAGCUCUUGGUGAUCAAUUGGAGGGACACUCACGAAAUCAUCUCAAGCACAGACAGGAGACAGUGGACUACAUGAUAAAGCAGCGGGAAGAUUUUGAACCCUUUGUAGAAGAUGACAUUCCUUUUGAGAAGCACGUGGCCAGUUUGGCAAAGCCUGGUACUUUUGCUGGCAAUGAUGCAAUUGUAGCCUUUGCAAGAAAUCAUCAGUUGAAUGUAGUGAUUCAUCAACUUAAUGCCCCUUUGUGGCAGAUUCGAGGUACAGAUAAAAGCAGCGUAAGGGAGUUACACAUCGCAUAUCGGUAUGGAGAGCACUACGACAGUGUUCGGAGGAUCAAUGACAACUCGGAGGCACCUGCACAUCUCCAGACUGAUUUUCAGAUGCUUCAUCAAGAUGAAUCAAAUAAAAGAGAAAAGAUCAAGACAAAGGGAAUGGACUCUGAAGACGACCUGAGAGACGAAGUAGAGGAUGCUGUCCAGAAAGUUUGUAAUGCAACUGGAUGUUCAGAUUUUAAUUUAAUAGUCCAGAACCUGGAAGCUGAAAAUUAUAAUAUUGAAUCUGCAAUAAUUGCCAUGCUUCAGAUGAACCAAGGGAAGAGAAAUAAUGCAGAAGAGAAUCUUGAGCCCACUGGUCGAGUGCUGAAGCAGUGUGGCCCUUUAUGGGAGGAGGGUGGCAGUGGUGCCAGAAUCUUUGGAAAUCAGGGCUUAAAUGAAGGCAGGACCGAAAACAAUAAGCCACGGGCCAGCCCUAGUGAAGAAAACAAAGCAAAUAAAAACCAGCUCGCAAAGGUAGGUCACAAACAAACAGAGGCGAGAACAGCAAUGGCUGGAGAAGAAGAAGCGGCAGGAGGAGAGGCACCGCCACAAAGCCUUGGAGAGCAGAGGUAGCCACAGGGACAACAACAGAAGUGAAGCGGAGGCGAACACACAGGUCACCUUGGUGAAGACCUUUGCUGCUCUGAACAUCUGACUCUCUGGCCUCUUGGGAGUUGUAAGAAGCGGCUGGAAAAGGAUUGCUGUGUGCAAGACUUUCCAGUGAGGCCGUCCUUUUAUGAAAUGAAACACAACCAACAAAGCCCACACAUGAGCUCACACACUGAGUUAGUGUCCUUCGAGCUGCCUCUUUUUUUGUUCAAAGUUUUAUUAGUGAUAUGUUUUGUUUUAUGAAAAUGCAGUGAGGCCAUUCAUAUUCUGUAAUACAAAAUUAAAAUACUGAGUUUUAGGGGCAGAUAGGUCAGAAAAAACCUUUUAAGUGGUGGCUUUAUUUGCCCGAAAAUCAGACUUCAGUGACCCUAGGAUCUUUCCUUAACAUUUGGGGUGAGUUUUGCUGUAAUUGUUCAUGAGUAGUUUAGAAUAAUUGUUAGAAAUUGAGAAUGAUAAGUUUCCUUAGUUUCUCUUUCAUUUUCAAACAGAUACUAACAUAUAGGGUAGCUUAUAAAUGAUCUUCAACUCAGGAAUAUGCUUUGAUUUACUUUCUUCUAAUCCAAGUUACUCAGAAAAUAAUUCAGGAAUUGUUUUCCCAAAGUUACAUAAGGGUUGUGGCCUGCAAUCAGGAUGGAAAUUAACCGCAUUUCUCUCCUUCCUGAUUCUGAUGUUAUUUCAGAUGGGAUGUAGGUGCUGUUAGUUCAUUUGCACUCAAGCCAUAUGAUAAAUGCAGCUGACUGUUAAUUAGGCCUGGACCUUGUUGGGAAGUUGACAGUGGUGUUGGGUUUUUGGUAUUUGUUUCCUGACAGUGGGGAGAUGGCAUAUUACUACUUGUGAUACAGUUCUGGAAUUCUGAUAGUAUGUAGAGCAGGGUCUGUAGUUGUAACAGGAGAAGAACUCCUGGGGUUUUGCCUGAGAGGAGUCUAAAUAAUUAUGUUUUUAUAGAAGAAGGCUGGAAGAAUAAGGUUUUUCAUGUUCACAUUUUAAAUGACAAUUUUCUUCCCUUCUGUUCUAGACUUAGAUGCCUUCAGAGAGAUACAUGAUAACUUGACCUUAUAGGUCGCUAAACUUAGUAUUGUGGAAAUUAAAUCUUAUAAAAUGCCACAUGUAUUCGUUUAUUUAAGCCCUGUUUGGCAUUUCGAAGUUGGGAAAACUCUAGCAUCUGCUGGGAGUUGUUGGACCAGCAGAGUUGGUUGACUUAGGUUGGACCAGCAGGGAAGAGAAUAUACUUUGGUUAAGGCCUUCUAAUGACUCUUCAGUUCUGAAAUAGACAGACUUGAGCAAUGGAGAGAUGUCAUUCCUAAAACUGAGUUGGUGGAUGUGCACUUAAGAACCGUAACAUCCGAGGUGGCCCAUCGUGGAUAAUCUUUGUCUUUUGGGACCUAAUACUUGGGCAAAUAAUUGAUGCUGAGUUGAAAGUUAAAUUAUUAGUUAUCUUCCCCACCCCUCACAUUUCACAAUUAGAAAAAUUCGGAGGCAAAGUGAUUACUAAAAAGUUUGGUAGUUCCUGGAGUCGUCAGAUUGUCUUUAUCAGCAGGCCAUUUGCUUUCUUUAGUUUCACUGCUAUCUUUUGAUUUUGUUUUUGACUUUGGUGGCUUUUUGUAGUUGGAGCAUCAGUAGUUUCUUGGAAUUGCUCCUAGGACAUUGUGAUUUGGAUUCUUCUUGGGUACAGUACAUUGUAAAAUUUAGCAGUUUAAAAAAAGUGCACAGCAUUUUUUCUGUGCACAUCGCAGAGCCCUGAGCUUGAGGCUGUGUUGCUGUACUCAUUCCAAACGAAUGAAAGAUCUCUGUUGCCUUACUCUACUGGAGUGGGAUCGAGAGUGCAUUAGGAUCUAUGGUUGUCUUAGUUUUCAACACUGGGCAGAUUCCUGACUGGCUGAGUGUUUCUGAAGAAGACGCUUUCCUGUCUGUUUUGUACUGCUUGAACUCAGAGGCCAGAUCCUCUCAGAAAGACAAGAUUGUAUGCCAGAAAUUCAGAUUAGCAGUCAGCUUAAGAGAGACUCAUUGUCAGAAGUAGUAGAAUUGCUUUAUUUACAUGGUUAAUGAAGGUGGCCUUGGGCCCUUUUGGGUUUUAGAAGUUUUAGAAGCUGCUAAAAAGUUAUUAAAGAAUAUUGGUAACAUUUAUUUAUAAAUUACCUAAUUGUGAUAAUAGGCUUCAGCAUUUUUGGAGUAUAAUAAUGGCGGUUUAAAAAACUAAUCAAAUGGCUUUAGUAAUUUUCUUUUAUUACUGUUUCACAGCUUUUCAGUUACAGUUGGUCUGGGGUACAUGCAUCCAACUUCAGUGAUACCUUCUAGCUAAUGGUCUCAAUGUAGACUUCACUGCCUCAGUCUCACUGGGUACAUAAGGUAGUUGGAAUCGAUAUGCUUAGUGGCCUCAGUGGGCACUGGGAAAUUACUUCACUGGCAGCCUGAGUGGAGGCCCAGUAUGUUUAGUCCUGGGAUGACUGUUGUCAGCAGCUAUUACUCUAGUACAGGUACUCUGUGAACUCUUUGUUAGGAACUGAAUGUGUCUUAACCUCUGUGUUGUAUCUUGUAGAGAUUUAUGUUACAUGAGAUUGUCUUGGUAGCUUGUAGUUUGGUCAGGAGAAAGGGGAUGGAGCAGUGGUACAUAGCUGCUUACUGCUUUUAAAACUGUAUAUAAAGGUUUUAUGGAUUUUAAAAAGAUUUUUUUUAGAGGUCAAAAUAAAUACAAUUUUAGUGGCAACAGCUUUGAACUAGAGAGGUAGAUGUAUUAAAGCAACAUAGAACCAUAACUUCUAGAUAAUAUAGUUGCCACUAGGAGAUAUUAGAAAGUUAGAAUGUAUAUGUAUAUUUAGUUUUUCAAUAAUAAUGAACAUACACUUUCAGGAGCAAAGUAUGCUUGAGAAAUUGUGGCAGAAAGAAUUUUAAAUGUUAGUCGAUGUUGUCUGUAGUUUCUUUAUUAAGCUCUGAAAACACUUCCAAUGCCAGUUUGAUUCUGAGGGCUUGGGAAGUGGGGUCUCCCUUGUGGAGCAGCUGGAGCUGACUGGGAGGGAGCCUUUCCAUGGCUAAUUUAUUAUGCCUGCCCUGCUUGCCCCAGGGAGCUUCUUCAGUGUGAAACGAUGUGAUUUUCAGGGGUAGGGGUGGGGUUGGGGUGGGAGGAGGGCCACCUUCCGUCAGGGAGAGAGUUGCUCACAUAUUACACAGGUAGCAUCAGAUGGACUUCGGCGCUGAGCUGUACUCGUAGUGAGUCCCUGUAGUCAAUGUGCAAUUUCUCUAACUCUGAGAAACUCUGUAGACUCUGCCUGGGUUUUACUGGGUCAGCAUAAAAUGCUAUCAGUUUACCUCUGUGAAAUAUUCAGUCAGUUGAAGGAAACUUGGAUUCCUAGUCAGAGGUGACUAAAAAUUACCCUGACCAAAAGGAUCUUUGCCAGGGGAAGAGAACGGAGCUUCCUGAUUUUAGUGUGACAUGUCAGUGGCCCUGUCCAGCUCCCGUUUUGGGUAGAUGCGUAGCUCUUCACUUUCUGACCUCAAGGCUCUGUCUAGCCAUGUGAAAUCUUUAGACUCAGACUCUGAUGCAGUUUUUCUGUUUUGCCAUUCUCGUUAUUCACAGCGUCAUUCAUCACAGCUUUCAGAACAAGUGUUGCUAAAACUCUGGGGCCUUUGACAGUUGUUCUGAGGUGAUGUAAUAAUGGCACUUUUUUUAUAAGGUGUGUUUUCCUGGCUCUAAAGUAAAUUGUGUGGUUUUUUUUUUUUUUUUUUUUUUUUUGAGACAGAAUCUUGCUUUGUUGCCCAAACUGGAGUGUGGUGGUGCAAUCUCGGCUCACCGCAACCUCCACCUCCUGGGUUCAAGCAAUUCUCCUGCCUCACCCUCCUGAGUAGCUGGGAUUACAGGUGCGUGCCACCAUGCUUGGCUAAUUUUUAUAUUUUUAGUAGAGAUGGGGUUUCACCAUGUUAGCCAGGCUGGUCUCGAACUCCUGACCUCGUGAUCUGCCCACCUCAGCCUCCCAAAGUGCUGGGAUUACAGGCGUGAGCAACCCUGCCCGGCCAGUAAAUUGUAUUUUUUUUAAAUGGCAUCAUUGAAGAUCUAGAUGGCAUAAAUUAUGACGUCUGCCAUCGCAUAUUAGUAAGGGGACAGUCAUUUUUGGAAUGUGGAGAGAACACGGAACACCAGUCACCAAGUGUAUGGAGGAUGCAGAGCUUACCGUUCUCCACUGAUGGGGGCCUCUGGAAAGAGCUGUGCCCUGUGGUUGGCCUGGCCAUCUUCCGUCCCGAGGUGAAAUUCCUUUAAAACCUCAGACUCUGAUCUAUGUCUUUGAAGCAGCUGCUUUGUAGCGUCCCUCUCUUUACUGUCCUCGUUAGGACUGUUUUGUGGUUCCAAGAAAAUGUUUAGCAUCCUUGCAGAAUUACUUGAGAAGGGGCUGGUACCGGUGUAAAGAGUCUAUUUGUGUAAAACUAUGAACUUUUGCAUAGGGAAUUUAUUCUAAGCAGGGCAUAGCCAUGAUCCAGAGCUGCUGCUGCUCACUGCCAGUCCUUGUGGCCGGCGGUGAUUGCUGGACAGACCCUCUGUAGCCUGGCUUUCAUCCUUGGUGUGUCAGCCUGCAGCAGGCUGCCAGCCGUCCGUGACAAUCAUGUGAGCUCAGCCACAGACCUCAGCUUGCGGUUUGAUCCCUGGCAGUUCCCUCGAGCAGUACUGGUGAGAGGCUCCCCAUGUUUUCCCACUCUUAACGGUUCAUUUUUCAUAGUAGGAAGCGCCCUUGACCUCCCCAGUGACUCUGCAAAGUCUGCACCAGCACUAAGCUCAGAGGAAAGAAGAAAAGGGCCAGGAGUCAGACGUCACACCUAGGGGCUCCCCUUUCCCAUGCACAAGUGUUGGCGUGCGUCAGUCCCCUUUACAGAGGGGUGGAUGUGUCCGUGGAGAAGGGGCCUUCUCUUUUUCUAAUUGCACUAUACUUGUUCUAGCUUCAGUCUGGAGAAACUUAAGACCUCCAUGGGGUCGUGAUCCAUAGACUUAGCAAGUCUUGCCUUAUCUAUGGAGCUCGAUGGUGAGAAUUGUGACCAUUGUCUGAUGUCCAUAGUUCCUUCCCCCAGAUCGUUUCUUUCCACGGAUUGUGUUCAUCUGAACCAUUUUAUUUUUAUUUACCAAAGUACUGUACUUGGCUAUUUGCAGUGUUUUCAAAACCAAAUGUUUCUUUUUUGUGUGUUUUUAAUCUUCAAUACUUGGUGCAAUAGAAGCUGCAAAGAUGUGCCACUUUAUCUAUGAAAUGGAGUUUUGUAUACCAAUAAAUUCUAGUUUAAAAACAAA